AAAUUUUCAUUUAUCACACGCACAACAAUAUUUAUAAAUUAUUAGAUUUAUACUCAUUAUUGGGUUUUUCUAGACUUUGUGCUUUAUUUAUUUAAUUUAAUAAUAAUAAUGUCAGAUUGUAUUGAUAAAACAAUAACAAUUCGAGAAGUAUGGUCUCACAAUCUCCAAUUCGAGUUCGAUAUAAUUCGAUCACUAAUUGAUCAAUAUCCUUACAUCUCAAUGGACACGGAGUUUCCCGGCGUCGUUUUCCGGCAAUCUCCGGCAGCCGUGAAAUCAUCCUACAGUCACCGCCGGCCGGAACAACACUACAAGCUUCUUAAGGCUAACGUAGACGCGUUAAAUCUCAUCCAGCUCGGUCUCACGCUCUCUGACGCGCAUGGAAAUUUACCACGAAUCGACGGGACGACGGAUCAGCGGUUUAUCUGGCAGUUUAAUUUUAACGAUUUUGAUGAGGCCCGUGACGCGCACGCGCCGGAAAGUAUCGAUUUGUUGAAGAGACAAGGGAUUAAUUUUGAGAAAAAUAAAGCUGACGGAGUUGACUCGGGCGAGUUUGCUGAGUUGAUGAUGUCAUCGGGGUUGGUCUGUAAUGAGAAUGUGAGUUGGGUGACGUUUCAUAGCGCGUAUGAUUUUGGGUAUUUGAUGAAGAUUCUCACUCGCCGGAGUUUGCCAAGCGCGUUGGUAGAUUUUUUGGAGAGUUUGAAAGUGUUUUUUGGGGAUCAUGUAUAUGAUGUAAAGCAUUUAAUGAAGUUUUGCCAGACCCGGUUGUAUGGUGGGUUGGACCGGGUUGCGAGUACAUUAAAAGUGAACCGGGUUGUGGGUAAAUGUCAUCAGGCCGGUUCGGAUAGCUUGUUGACGUGGCAUGCGUUUCAAAAGAUUAGAGAUGUGUAUUUUGUAGAUAUUGGGGCAGAAAAAUAUGCCGGAGUGUUGUAUGGUUUAGAAGCUUACUGAAAUUAUUAUAAUUAUAAUUCUUUAGGUUCAAA